AUGGCGCAGCCAGUAGAUGGCGCUGUGUCUCCUGCGUCAGGAAAACGCUUUGUUCAGUCUCGCGUCAUCACGUCUGUGUGUUUGUUGACAAAUUUCUCGAAGGGGGACUGUCUCACUAAAGUGGAGCUGAGCAUCUCCUGCACCGACCUGCUGGAUAAAGAUGUCGGUUCCAAGUCGGACCCUCUGUGUGUGCUGCUGCAGAGCUCGGGGAAGGACAACUGGACCGAGCUGGCUCGUACGGAGCGCUUGAAGAACUCCUCCAGUCCGUCCUUCAGUCAGCGCCUCCGGGUGGAUUACCACUUCGAGACGGUGCAGAAUCUGAAGCUGGGCGUCUACGACAUCGACAACUCGAGCGCUGACCUCGGCGAUGAUGACUACCUGGGAGGGGUGGAGCUAACGCUGGGACAGAUUGUUUCCAGUAAAACGUUGACUAGACCGCUCCAGCUGAAGAAAGGCAAACCUGCCGGGAAAGGAAGCAUUACGAUUACAGCAGAGGAGGUAAAGGACAACAGAGCCAUUCAGUUGGAGUUUGAGGCUAAAAACCUGGACAAGAAGGAUACGUUUGGAAAAUCGGAUCCGUUCCUCGAGAUUUUCAAAAAAGGAGACGAUGGAAAGUGGCAGCUGGUCCACAGAACGGAGGUUGUGAAGAACAACCUGAGUCCCACUUGGAAGAAGUUCUCUGUUCCCCUGCAGACGUUCUGCAGCAGCGACGUCGACAGACCGCUGAAGGUGGAUUGCUCGGAUUACGACAGUGAUGGAACUCACGAUCUGAUCGGUUCUUUCACCACCAACGUGUCGGAGCUGCAGAAAGCUGCCGGCGGGGCGGCGGUAUCGUUUGACUGCAUCCACCCGGAGAAACAGAAGAAAAAGAAGAGCUACAAGAACUCCGGAGUCGUCUCUGUGAAGAGCUGCCAGCUGUUGACCCAGUUCUCCUUCCUGGACUACGUGAUGGGCGGCUGCCAGAUCAACUUCACCGUGGCGAUCGACUUCACCGGCUCGAAUGGAGACCCUCGCUCGCCCAACUCUCUCCACUACAUGAGUCCAGACGGGUUGAACCAGUACCUGUCGGCUCUGUGGUCGGUGGGUCACGUGGUGCAGGACUACGACACGGAUAAACUUUUCCCAGCUUUCGGAUUUGGGGCCAAACUGCCUCCAGACUUCCAGGCUGCAAACCACGAGUUCGCCCUCAACUUCAACCCCACUAACCCCUACUGCAAAGGUAUCGAGGGGAUCGUUGAGGCCUACAGGAUGGUGAUGCCUCAGCUGAGACUCUCUGGGCCCACAAACUUCUCUCCCAUCAUCAAUCACGUCGCCUCCAUCGCCGCCCAGGCCGCGCAGAGCAACAGCGCCUCUCAAUACUUCGUCCUCCUCAUCCUCACUGACGGCGAGAUCACCGACUUUGAUCAGACCCGGGACGCCAUCGUCCGGGCCUCGAGGCUGCCGCUGUCGGUCAUCAUCGUGGGGGUCGGGCCGGCGGACUUCAAGGCCAUGGAGCUUCUGGACGGAGACGACGGCGUCCUGAGGUCGACGGUGGGGGAGGCCGUCGCCAGAGACAUCGUCCAGUUUGUCCCGUUCAGGCAGUUCAAAGAUGCUCCUCAGGCGGCUCUGGCGAAGUCGGUCCUCGCCGAGGUUCCCAACCAGCUGGUCUCUUAUUUCAAGAUGAGAGGCCUCGACCCGCCUAAACCAGCUACAGCUGCACCCAAAUCCUAAACCCUCCACCCGCUGCACUCCCUAAACCCCGCCCUUAAAGUUGAAGGCCACCCCCCAGGAUCAGACCACUCGCAAAGUCGACCACGCUUCAGGGGACCAACCUGGUGUGUUCCUACAAUCAGCCAAUCACAAUCCGGCAUUUAGAUGUCAGCCAACCAGAAUGCCAACCUUCCCUAGAUAGUUUUUUUUUUUAUAAAUCGGUUUGAUAAUAAUUUUGUUUUCGUAUAAUUUUCUUCAAUGAGAGGGAUGAUCGUAAUGUAGUCUAGAUCCUUCUAAUAGAUUCCUUCUGCUGCUUGCACACUAACUAUGCAGAUCACAUGUUAUUGCUAACAUGUGUUUAAUAAUCACAGAGCCACACACACACACACACACACAAGUGGUCAUCUUUUGCUCCACAUUCGGUCUUUUACCGUUGCCAUAGUAACAUACAGGCCUAUGAUAUCGUCAGAGCGUAGCUUUGUGGGCGUAGACACAUUGGGGUCUGCGGUCUUAUCCCAGCAACCUCUAGUGGACAUGAGAGGAACUGCAGCCGCACGUAACGCCCCGUAAACGGUCCACGUUACCAUGGCAACACAAUGCGCUAGUUGUGUGUGUGUGUGUGUGUGUGUGGCUCUGAGUAGCUUUAAUGAUCAGGUAUCGAUACUUAGCACUUUGCUCUUGCACUAAACCCUUGAAUAUCGUGUCAUGAUUGAUAUGAUAUACUCUACUUUAUCAUAGCUUUAACACUUUUGCCUUAACAUGAAGCUUCACUGUCGCCUUAACUUUACUCCAGCCUAAAGUAGUUUUUAGUGCAGCCUCCGCAAGCCGUUCUGUCACGACUCUCAGUGGUUUGUUGCUUCCGUCAUCUUGUCUCCCUGCGCUGAACGCAGCUCUGCCGCCUGCGGUUCGUAAGAUGGGACUGACCCAAGCACCCAACUCGACCCCCCCACAGUAUUACAGGCAGGUCGCCGUCGGUGAACCGCUGUCGUGUCCGUCUGAUUCAACUAGCAUUCAGCCGUCGGAUGAAGUCCCGGGUUUUGAGGUAAACAUUUGGAAGGGGUAACCGUGGCAACGCUCCAUCCCACAUCACCUGAGCAUCACGCAGAGACUGUCUGAACGUCUGCUUUAUUUUUUCAAUGAUUGUCUUCUGAAUGCUGGAAUGAAAACACGCGAGAUUAUUGUCAAUGUGUCACACGAUGUUCACUGCAGCAGAGCCACAGUUUGUUACAUUGCCUAUUAAAGAGAUAUUGCCAACCCUUCAGAAUGAUCUUAAGUGGAUGUUACUUUUCAGGGUCCAUUUUAUUACGGGUAAAAUCUUUGUAUUAUGUUUGGGAACAGAAUAACCUUUUAAAAAUGCUAAAUAAUGGCCAGUAAAUUAAAGUGAGUGAAGAUGAUUUUGCCAAACGCAUCGGUGGUGUAAUUUUAGUCGGAGCGGUGUUUUGUGUAUCCGUGCUGCUUCAGACUGUUUGAAAGUUCUUCAGAAAAAUGUUUUGUCAUAUGAACCCGUUUGAGAGGUAAAAGUAUCCAUAAAUGUAAAACAAAGUGAUAAAUGACCCUUUUCACCCAGAAACAGCUCUUUUCUUUGCAGAUCGAUAUGAAGCUAAAUAAACGGACCACAACUUCA